AUGAAUACCAUGGAUAACCUGGAGAAACAGCUGAUUUGUCCCAUAUGCCUGGAAAUGUUUACAAAGCCUGUGGUUAUCCUGCCCUGCCAGCACAACCUCUGCAGAAAAUGUGCCAACGAUGUUUUCCAGGCCUCAAACCCGUACCUUCCAACAAGAGGGGGUUCGCUGACGUCCGGCGGCCGCUUCCGAUGCCCGUCCUGCAGACACGAGGUGGUUCUGGACAGGCACGGUGUUUACGGGCUGCAGAGGAACCUGCUGGUUGAGAACAUCAUCGACAUGUUCAAACAGGAGUCCAGCAGCAGCAAGCCGGCGCCAGAGAGAAAGGAAGAAACGCCCAUGUGCGAUGUUCACGAAGAAGAAAAGAUCAACAUCUACUGUGUGACCCACGGUGUGCCCACAUGCUCCAUGUGCAAAGUGUUUGGAGCGCACAAAGACUGCGAGGUGGCGCCCAUCACCAGCGUCUACCAGUCAAAGAAGACGGAGCUGAGUGACGGGAUUGCCAUGAUGGUUGGUAACAACGACAGGAUGCAAGGCAUCAUCAGUCAGCUGGAGGAGGCCUGUCGUACCAUAGAGGAGAAUGGACGGAGGCAGAAGACGCUGGUGUGUGAGAGGUUUGACCAGCUCUACUCCAUCCUGGAGGGGAAGAAGAGAGAGAUGAGUCAGAAGGUGACUGCCGAACAGGAAGAGAAGGUGAACUAUAUCCGGGGCCUGACCCAGAAGUAUGGAGACCACCUGGAGGAGAGCUGUAAGGUGGUGGAGUUGGGUAUCCAGACUAUGGAGGAGCCGGAAAUGGCUUUAUUUCUACAGAACACAAAGCCUCUCCUCAAAAAGCUUGCAGAAGCAUCCAGCACAGCCCACUUGGACAAAGUUGAGCGCGGCUACGAGAACAUGGAUCAUUACAGCGUCGACUUCAAGAAGGAGGGCACGGCCCUGCGCGGCCUCGACUUCCUCCAAGAUGAUGAAGACGAGGAUGAAGAGGACGAGGACGGAGAAGCAGACCCAGAGGAAGGCGAGGGGGCCCAGCCUGUUACAGCCGCCUCCGUCCAACCUACUGCCCCGCAGCAGAGUAACUCCUCCCCAAGCGCAGCCAAGAGCGCGGCCUCGUCCUAG